AUGGCUAAACGCAAUAUCCUGCUCAUGAUUGCCGACGAUCUAGGCAAACAAUUGGGCUGCUACGGAAAUACAAAGAUCCAAACCUCAAAUCUGGACCAGCUAGCCUCCGAGGGGACAAAAUUCGAUCAGGCUUUUACCUCGACUGCUUCUUGUAGUGCUAGUCGCUCCGUCAUCUAUACCGGCCUACACACUCACCAGAAUGGACAGUACGGGCUACACAAUAACCGCCACCACUUUACGACUUUCGACCAUGUCGAGACUGCACCUGCUCUCUUCUCUAAGCAUGGUUACACCACUGGCUUGAUUGGCAAGGUCCACGUUGGACCGUCCGGCGUUUACCCUUGGGAUAUGCGGGCAGAGAGUGACAGUCGCGAUGUGGCAUCCGUUGCUGAUCAAGCUUCAGCAUUCUUUGAAAAGUCAAGUGCAGAGGAGAAACCGUUCUUCUUGACAAUCGGCUUCAUCGAUCCUCACCGGGACUGGACUCGCUCCGGGUUCGGAAAUGACGGCGAGUACGACGCCCGCGUGAAGAAGAUCGAUUACUCGCCUGAAGACGUCGAAGUUCCCCCGUUCGUGAACGACCUACCUGGAGUCCGCUACGAAUUCGCAGAAUAUUAUAAGUCCAUCUCUCGGCUCGACCAAGGCGUGGGCAUGGUUCUUGACGGAUUGAAAAAGUCCGGUUUGGCAGAUGAUACGUUGGUUAUCUUCCUGAGCGACAAUGGGCCUCCAUUCAUUAAUUCCAAGACAACACUGUACGAUGCCGGUGUCAGUCUUCCCUUGAUUAUGAAAUGUCCUGGAUCACCUGCCGGAAUCACAAACCCGAAUAUGGUCUCGUACAUCGAUAUUCUGCCCACUCUUCUCGAUUACGCGAAACAUCCUAAUCCCGAGCAUCCAGAGCGCAUCGGACGUUCGAUACUUCCUGUCCUCGCUGAAACAUCCUCUCUUGAGGACUGGGGCCAGGUCUUUGGUUCACACACAUUCCACGAGGUCACUAAUUACUGGCCGACGCGUAUGAUGCGCACCCGUCGAUACAAGUAUCACCGCAACAUUGCUUGGAGACUCGAUUUCCCAUUUGCUGCUGAUAUCUAUGGGUCUUUGACAUGGGAGGAAAUUCGAAAUGCCGAUACGAGCCCUAAGAUGAUUGGGUCUAGACCUUUGAAGGAUUAUUUCUUCCGUCCGGCUGAGGAACUGUACGAUAUCCAGGCUGAUCCUAAUGAGAUUCGUAACCUUGCGAAAGAUCCUGAGUAUCAGUCUGUUCUUGAGGAGAUGAGGGUUGCACUGGAGAAAUGGCAACGAAGGACAGAAGAUGCUUGGUUGUACCGGGAUGGAGUUUCCUUGCUCUUUGUUAGACAUCAUCUUGAGGCUGGGUUUGAGGUGCCGGAUCGUUUCGACUUUGAUGUUGAUGCGCCAGAAAGUAAAGGAAAGCCUAUCUUUGAUGGAGAUUUGCCUUGGGGUGUAGCGGCAAACUGA